GCGAGAACAUUACAAACUUAAUCGAACUUGGUCACACUGUACAGCGCGCUGUAAUUCGUGCACAAAUUGUUAGAUUUCAGUUGUGAGCUUGCAGAAUUUGUGUUUGUUCUGAAUUAUAAGGCGAAUAAGUUAACAAAAUGAGUGAUCUUUUAAAUGAGCUGCAACGCCUAAUAAGCGAGCUGCGCUCGGACAAACCAACAUCACGCAAUAAAGCCAUGGAGUUGUUGGACAACAAGAUGAACAGUUCCCGCGAUGUCCUCUAUGAAACUUUUGCGCUCAGUCAGGAUUUGUGUUUUUCUGAUUUGUUUCAGGCGGUCAAGGACUCCAUUCUCAAGCAUGCUGGAAACAUACAAGAGGCGCGCGAGAAAACAUACAAAACACUGGCAGAUAAAUGUUAUUUAUAUGGCAAUGUUAUUGAUAAGAUCAUAGAUUACAAUUUGGAGGUUGGCAGAGAAAGAAAGGGACACUUCCUGAGCAAAUCCGUAAUAUUCUUCGCCUUCGAAGAGGGCAUCAAACAGCGAAUUGUGGUAAAACAUUUUGGCGAUCACUUCAUCAAUAUGAUCGAUAGAGGAAUUUACUUGUCGCCCACCUAUGUUAGCAAUCUGAAAGUCAACGAAUACAGUCGCAUCUUAUCGUAUUUGUUCGAGCUGAACAUUGAGAACAAUGAAUUUCUGCGCUCUAAGAUCUUGAAAUGCAUCACAAAAACAGUGCAAAUCGCACGAGAGCGCGUCCAACUUCAUGCAGAUAUCGCCGACUAUUUGCCGACAUUAAUAGAUUAUGCGGAUGAAGCAAAAAAUCCGGAUCAACGGCAGGAAAUCGUGCGACUUUAUCGCUUGUUUCUUGAGGAGCUUUCUGUGAACUAUCAUCAUCAACUCUGCAUUUAUAUGCAAGAGAUUCUGCCCAAAUUCUGUGAAUAUCACAACAACGACACAUUUCGUGAUGACUCCAAGCACAUUUUCUUUGAGUGCGUCGCAUUGUCGCUGCAUGCUUUGUAUCCCAAACUAAACACGCUGGACUUCAACACUUUCCAAGUGGCCAUACAUGAGAGCUGGCCGCAAACGAUGCAGAAGCUGAAAACCAUCAUUGGCAUGGAGAUACGCAAGAACUCCCUGGGACGCGGCAAAUUGACACCGCUUAGCGAUCGAUUCAAUGCGAACUUUAUCAAAAUGUCUGCGCUAGUUAUGUACAUUUUGCAUUGGCACAUAGAGCAAACGCCGGCUUCAGACGACGUUCCCAGCAAGCGUGUUAAAGUCGAUUAUAUGGAGCGCAUCGUUGAGUCGAUUGAAUCCAAAGAGACAAGCUUCAAUGACACCUGGUUUGCCAUCUUUGCCCAAAUGUUGCAACUGAGCACUGCGAUCGUGAACGUGGCCAACUAUGAACUGGCUUUGAAGACAACACGCGAUGUGCUCUUGAUCUAUGGCAAUGGCGAGAAUUUGCGUAAUGUGCGCUUGUGUCUUCUGAGCAUAUUAAGCAAAGAGCAACAGCUGCUGCGAACUCAAUCGAUAUCUACUGACUAUUUGGCUGAUGUUUGGUCACAAAUCGCCGGACAUUUGAUAACAGACAGUCGUCAAGUUGCCGAUGUUGUGGUGGAAAAGCAAAUCAUGCUUCAGGCAUUGAUCAGACACAACAAAUUGUCAUCAAAGCAUUGCGCCAGCUUACUGCAGAGCAUCCAAGCGAAUGAGUUUCUCCGGCGCAAUGAAUGCAUUUCCACCAUACGCGAGAUAUUCAUCCAUGCCGAUAACUGUGGCCUGGACAAAACCUCUACAGCGGCACUGGAGCCCAUUGUGAAGUGGGCCUAUGGCAGCGAGAAAGUGAGCGCAAUGCAAAUGAUCCAUAAUAUUGCGGCGAUUGAUGCUAAACUGUUGGCCGACACUUUCACCAUUGGCAUCAUCAAUUUCCUCGACGAGCAACAGUUGCAGCAGCUAAACAGCCGCGUGGAGUUGCCAGCAACUGAUGAGAAUCUACAGCUGUUGCAAUACAAAUACAACAAGCAGUUGAUUUGCUUGGAUGCGCAAUUCCAAUCGCGUCUCAAAUGCGCGGCUAAAUCGCAAAAUCCAGCUGAAUUGCCAUCGGCAAAGAAUUGUUUGUUUCAACACAACUACGAGCUGUUGAUGCGUUCGUUGAAUCUCACAGCAAGCAAUGAGCAUACGGCAACGGAUUUGCUCAAGAACCUAAAGAGUCUGCACAAGCUAAUCUGCACCAUGGAACGUUUGCUGCACUACAAAGUCUUCGAUGCGGACAAUUUGCUGCAAUGUCCGCUUAUCAAACGCAUCGGAUUGUUUCUCAGUCACAUUGAGUUUCAAUACAAGGCGCAUCAGACAGAGCGCUUGGAUGACAACGAUUUGCAUGAUAUUCUAGCACAGCAAGCGGACAUUCUCGAUGUGUUCAAUUCGAAUGAAAUACUGCUCAACUAUCUAGAGAAGCAGCCCAUUGAAAUGUUGCUCGAAUUUAUUGGUUUACUGCUCAAACACAAUUGCACUCGUCGUGAUUCGAUUGAGUUGAUCAAACAAUGCCUCCACAUCUUGGGCAGACUCUGUGCCAACAGUUCGUACAGCACUGAUGCCUUUCGUCAUCUCACCUCCAAUUUCCAGCAGUCGCAGCAUUUUGGCUGCACCGAAAUUGUGCUCAUUGUUAAGCUAUUAUGCAGCUGCAAGCGUUUGUCCCCUGAUGCCAUCGAGUGGCUGGUGGAUCAGAUCAAGUGGGUCUUCAAGCAUCAUUAUACACAAAUUGAUAUUGUUAGUCAGCUGGUUGAGCAGUUGCCAACAAUUUUCCAUUUCGUGUACGACAAUGAGAAUCUGCUGGAUGACAUGAUGUUGGCUCUGAUGUCGCUGCUCAAGUUGUCCCUCAAGAAAUCGUAUCCAACACAACUGGCCGCCAAGGUUCUGCACUGUGUGGCCGAUGUGGCCCAGCGUUGUCCCAACAUAUUUCUGCUCGAGAACUUUGCUGUGAUCUGCACUUCGGUGGCGAAAUUUCUGAGCAUGCCCACGCUUGAGGUGCGUUUGGCAGCCACCACAACGGUGACAUUGCUGCUCAAUGCCGACUAUUGUGUGACCGAGGACUACGAGGACGAAAUGUUUAUGGAGACUCGAGGCGAGCAGUAUUUGGAAUUUUGCGAGCAAUUGCUUGCGAGCAUCGAGUGGGAAAAGUUCCAGUUCAACAGCGAGGAUCUGCUGCAGAAUAGCAAUGCGGUGGCUGUGCAAUCACUAGUGUCCUUCUUUGCCUACAGCUCGUUCCAUCAGGAGACGGUGCUGCUGCAGUUGAUGCAGCAUUGUGCCAAAUGCAACUUGCAUGAAUCUGACUUUUGUGCCUUUGACAGCGUGGUGCCCGCUUACAAGCAGUCGAUGCGCCAGCUAAUGAUGCCCUAUGCAGAUGCCAUGCUGCACAAAUGUUGCGCCGAGCUCAUGUCCACAGACAGCUUUCCUUACUAUCUAUGCUACAAGUCGAAGAAGGCGUUUCUGGAGCAGCACGCCAAGUCUUUGAUGGCCUACACCUUCAUUUAUGGCACGCCGGAGGACAUCAAGCGUCAUCAGGCGUAUCUCGACUCGGAUGUUGUGGACAUAUUGAAGGCUUAUGACAUGCUUAGGCAAUGCGAUGAAUUGAACACAUCUGCCGCCUGCAAAAAGAAUCUCGAUAAUCUAGCCGUAAAUAUACACAAAUAUCGUGUGAAUCUCAAGGAUACGGAGCUGAGUGCGUCCACGCUUUAUUGCACGGUUCGCAUGCUGUUGGACAAAAAGGAGCUGGAGCGCCUUUUUGACGCUCAAGUGCUGUGCAAAGCGAGUCCAACUUGGUAUAGUCUAACAGCGCCACCGCUCUUCAAUUGCCUGCGAUCGCAUAUGCAAAGCGACGAUAGGUCAGGGAAUAUUCGACUUCAAGCCGUGGUGCAGGGUAUGCUGCAAAAGCCGCUGUUGAUGGUCGAUUUGCUGAGCAUGCUGAAGACCGAUUGUUAUGAGGCAUUGCUGCCCAGCCAAUUGUUGCGCAGCUUCUUUCUCUACUGCAUCAUUGCGGACGCCAUGCUGGAUGGCAUCAGGGAUGACAUCCUCUUGAAUUCAGGUACCCAUCGUUAUAAGCGUUUGCAGUACGAGAAUGGCGCUUAUUUUGUGCAAGACAUUUGGUUCUUUGUCUGCCGCCUGCUGUUGCACACAAAGUGCGAACAAUUGCAGCGAGCUGGUCUGAAAUUUCUGCAUCUAAUCAUUGGCAAGCACACCAUUGAUUAUCUUACCGACUACAUGCGUGUCAAUGAUUUUGUCAAACUGUUGCGUAGCAUUUGUCAGCACGUGGAGACUUCGCACCUGCAGAAGCUGGCGGCAAAAGUGGAGCAAACAUUUGUGGAGUCGCAGAGCGAAUAUAUCGACAUGGAAACACCGCUUGAGGUGAACUCAGACUUUAAUCAACGCUUUGGAAAUCUCGAGCAGCAAAAGAACGAAUCCCAAUUGCCAGACAUUGGCAACUGCAGCGUGUCGAGGUACAUGGCCAGCUACAUGAAGCCCAACCGCUCAGCGGGUUGCCUGCCAGGAUUACGUGAUUAUUUAGCCAAGCACAAGCAACAGCUGGCGGCGGAGCAGCAUUUGCUGUUCCAUUUCAUCAGUCGACUGAUACACAUGGUGCGGCAUGCCGAGAAGCCAGAACAUAGCCUCGAGGCGCUCAGGUGUCUGGCCGAGAUUGGACCGCUUAAAAUGCAGCACAUUUCGUAUUACUUUCAAGGCGAAUUCGAUGCCUUCGAAGAGUCGAAUGGCGAGCCCAUGGAACAAUUUAUAAGCGCCAUGCUGCGCGUGUUGGAUCAGCAAUUGUUUCACUUCAAGACGAGCACACAACAAGCGCUCAUCCAAGUGAUUGGACACGUGGUAAACAGCAGCGCCCGCAUUGAUACAUCCUUGUAUUCGAAUCUGUGCGUUUUUUGCGUGCCAUCGAAAAGAACGAGUUUCCUGCAAUCGGAUACGAACAUUCCAGCCAUUCCUUGGCUCGAUCUGCUUCAGGGCAGCGAACAUUUGGACUAUGAGGCAUGGAUGUGUGCAUUUAUGUGCAAAGUAUUUGAGACUUGCGGCUGGACGGACUUCGAUACAUUCGCUGGCAAUUCGUUUAGCUUUGCCUACGCCUGCCUUCAGCCGUUUAUAAAGCUGCUGAUGGCCAACAAGACGGCGCAUUUGGACAGCUUGUGUGCGAUGCUCGAUCACUUCUUUGCCCAACACUGUGCGUUGGCCUCUGGAAUCUAUCAGGAGAAGCGCGCCAUCAAGCUCUUUUUGUAUAUUUGCGAGCGUAUUCGUCUCAUCAACAACUGGACUAUACCCAUUGAUUUUGGCAACGCCAUCGAGGCCAGCAAUCACUGUCAGGCUUACUUUCUCAGCAUUUUGUAUUUGGAGUUGUGGGCGUGCUCGGCCAGUGAGAGACCCGAUGCGGACAUUCUGGCCAACGACAGCUUCCAAAAGUCCGCCAAGAAGGCUUACGAGUCGAUUGGCUGUCUGGAUGCCAUGACUGGUUUUUUGAAUCCGUUGCGGUCGCGUGUUGAUUACCUAAGUUUGAACAACAACUUGUUUGGCUGCUGGCUGGAAUCGGAUCACCUGGACAAACCCAACGGCGAGAUGAUUGUCAGCAUUAUGAAGAGCAACGGCAUGCUGGCGUUGGCCGAUCUACAGCAGCGCUGCUUGCCAGGCAAUCAGCUUGACUACGAGAUACUCUGGCGUUUAACCCAAUGGGAUGAGCCAGUCGAUGUGCAACGACGCAACAGCCGCAGCAUCACAACCAACAAUCUGGAGCUGGAGUUCAGUAAGCAGCACUAUUUGGCGCUGAAGAGCAUCAACAAUCGGGAGGAGGAGAACACAAUGUCGGCGAUCAACAAUGCUUACGAUUGCAUUCGCGAAGUGCUGCGCGGCAUUAGCGUUGAGUGUUUGCAAUCCGUGUACAAGUACAUGACUUGGUUGUCCACGUUGCAACAGGCGGAGGACUUUGCCAAGAUACAAUUCUGUCCGACUUUGUCAAGCGAACAAAUUAAGGAGACUUUUGACAAGUGGCAAACGGAACUGGAGCUAACCUAUGGCAACUUUAACUGCAAGGAGCAUGUGCUCUCCCACCAAGUUGCCCUGCUGAAGAUGGCCGGCACACGUGCCACACGACGCAUCGAGCAGUAUUAUUUGAAGAGUCCCGUCGACACGUAUCUGCUGAAGGCCAUCAACGAGUGCAAAAACGCUGGCAAGCUCAACCUGGCCACCAAAUACAUUGCAACGCUGCGCUCUAUGCCAGACAUCAAGCUGGUCUCCAAGAUCUCUGUGCUGCUGGAGGAUGCCGAGGUGCAGAUGCGGACGGGUAACCAUCAGAUAGCCAAGGCGACGCUGCAACAUGUGCUUAGCCACAGCGAGUUUCAGUAUUGUCUGCAGCGUGUGCCGGCGAUGCUGAUGCAGGGCGAGUUUCUGCUCAACUCGAAUGCGGCUCGGUUCAACGACGUGCUCGAGCAGAACUUUCAGCGUGCGACGGUGUUUCUAAAUCAAUUUGCCGAGCAUAAGGAAACGCUAAAGACCAAAUAUCCGAAUCAUUUCGCGUGGAGCACAUUUGGCAAAUUUCAGAACGACAAUCGGAAGGCGGCGCAUGCAGUGAUGGCCAAAUACGCGGAUCUCGAGUACCAAAAGAUGCACAACUAUCGCAACUCGCAGGAGUACAAGAUGCUUAGCGAGAUAAUCAAACAGAAUCGUGAGCUUGCCGGCACGGUGAAAACGCGCGACGAUCGCGAUCUACGCGUUGGAGCAUUGAACAUGAAUCGUUUCGCUGCCUUGGAUCACAAUGCGCUGAAGCGGAUCAACGAGAGUCUAACGGAGCAUUUGUGCACGGCAAUUGAGCAUUAUAUUGCUUACUGUCAGCUGGAUGGCGGUGCAUCGAGUGCGGAAAUCUAUCGCAUCAUUGCCCUGUGGUUCACCAACGAGAGCAACACAUCCAUGCUGGCAAAGAUACGCGACAAGAUCGCCCAAGUGCCCAGCUAUAAGUUUAUUUGUGCUUUAAAUCAGAUGGUCGGACGCUUGAGCUCCACAAAUGCUGAGUUUCGUGCUUUGCUCGUUGAGCUGUUGGUGCGUUGUGGCAAGGAGCAUCCACAGCAAACAUUCUACAAGCUGUAUCCCUUGGUUUGCGCCCACAUGGAUGGCAACAACAGCAACACACAGCGUGCCGAGAUCGCCAAGGGAAUCAUUGCGCAAAUCUGUAACGGCGAAACUACAGUGGCCAAUUGUAAUCGGCAAUUUGCAGCCAUGUUUCCAGCACUCAUCGAUUUCUCGAAUACGUAUCUGAAACUGAAUCCAAGUGGACGCCAGCCCACUGCCUAUCGAGUGCCAGAGAAGCUGCGUCAUUUAAGCAGUCUGGAGCUCGAUCUGCUUCAAUGUCCCACGCUGCCUCUUGCCCCAAGAGCCGAUCAACACUACCAAUUAACCAGCAUUGUCAAGUGGAGCGAAGAGUUUACGUUGUGCAACGGCAUUAAUGCACCCAUCAAGGUGUUGUGCUGCUGCUCGGAUGGCGUGAAGCGUCCACAGCUGAUCAAGGGUCGCGAUGAUCUGCGUCAGGAUGCUGUAAUGCAACAGGUGUUCGGUCUGGUCAAUGAGCUGGUGAACACCGAUUCGGAGUGCAUUAAUCGCAAGCUGCAGCUGCGCACCUAUCAGGUGACGCCGCUCUCCAUGCGCAGCGGCAUCUUGGAGUGGUGCAGCGACACAAUCCCCCUUGGCGUCUAUUUGGUGGGUAGCGACAGUAAAAGUGGCGCACAUAUGCGCUAUCGCCCGCAGGAUUGGACGAACGCCAAAUGCCGGCAUACACUGCAUGCAGCAAUGCAGAAGACUGUGGUGGAGCGUCGGGCUAUCUAUAAGCACAUUUGCGAGAAAGUGAAGCCCGUAUUGCAUUAUUUUCUUUUCGAAAAGUUCAACACGCCUGGCGUUUGGUUCGAGCGUCGUUUGGCGUACAUCAAUAGCGUCGCCAUCACCUCGAUGGUGGGCUAUGUCCUCGGUCUGGGCGAUCGUCAUGUCCAGAACAUACUCAUCGAUGAGCAGACAGCCGAAGUGGUGCACAUUGAUUUUGGCAUUGCCUUUGAGCAGGGCAAAAUACAGACGACACCGGAGACGGUGCCGUUUCGCUUGACACGCGACAUUGUUGCACCGAUGGGCGUGUGUGGCACCAAUGGUGUGUUUACCAAAUCCUGCGAAGCUGUCAUGCAUAUUUUGCGACGCUAUAAACCUGUUCUGAUGACCAUACUCGAGGUCUUGCUCUAUGAUCCAUUGUUCAUUUGGGGUGUGCUCUCCAAUCAGCCAACGAACGAGGAGUCGAAGAACUUAUUGGCACAGCGUGCUCUGUUGCUGGUGCAGCACAAGCUGGAGGGUCGCGAAAGUGGCAUAUUGGAUAACACGAGUGUGGAGACGCAGGUGCAGCAUUUGAUCAACGAGGCCAGGCAGCCAUCUAAUUUGGCGUUGGUCUUUCCCGGCUGGGAUCCUUAUCUGUGAUACAGAACAACCUAUUACAUCACUUAAAACCAGCAUUUGCAACGUUUGUUUUUAAUAUGUUAAAUUAAAUUAUAUAAAAAAGA